AUGGGAGAACCGCAAAACUGGUUACCGCAUUUCGUUCAUCAGACGGCAAGCUUGGCUGGACUCGUCAUUGAUCGAAACGUGUCCACCACGAAGCCUUCAAUCGCAGACUCAAUGCAACUAGAUGAACAAAUGGACAAAAUUUCCGCCCUAGCUCCGGAAGUAUGGUGGACUAUACCACUGGAAGAGGUUAAGAGCGAAGCUGAAGCUGGCGAGUUUGUGGACUCUCUUUUGAUUCAGUUCUUCUUCUUCCACGUGCGCAUAUAUAUCCACCUCCCAUUUCUGAACGCAUCAUGCGAAUCACCCUUGGCAACAGUUAGCAGGUUUAAAUGUGCCAGCGCUGCUCGGUCCCUGCUCAGGCGAUACUUGAAGCUUCGGACCAUGUUUAAUGGAAGAUACUUGUUUGACUGCAAGACAACAGACUUCGUGGGAUUUACCGCUGCGGUGGCGCUCCUUGUCAGCAACUCACCCUCCCGGAGUAACGGCAGUGAGCUCGAUUCUGAAGAUAUAUCAACAUCAAUAUUGAAAGAUGUGGAGGGUGCUUUUGGCAUCUUGGAGAAGCGAGAUAACUGCAAAAUUGCCUCUCAGUGUCGGCAGGCUCUGGCCCUACUGUUGCGGCCGACUAUCUCCCAAAAGUCUCCCCAGACCAUUUCUAUCCCGUACUUUGGCAAAAUAUCGACGGGACCUCGGCGAGAAAUAGCCAACAUGAUUCAAUCCCACAAAGCUCAAGGCGAAUUUCUGACAACAUCGAAUUACGCUAUUGACCAAGCUGUGAUCGCACCGCCACAAGACUAUACAUUGGCAUUCUGGGGACUUCAGAGCAACGACUCGUUAGGGGAUAUGGCGUGGAAUGUGCCGGAUGAUUGCCAGGAUGAUAUUUUGGAGCUAUUUGGGCCGGAUAUUUCGGACUGGAAUUUUAAUCAGGACAUCGGAAGCUACUGA